ACCUGCGUGCGGACAAAAUCAUCUAUUCAGACAGCAGAAGCGAAAGAAGAAAUGUUACACCUGCAUCAUAAAAACGAUGUCAUCUUUGUUGAGAAAAGAGAUGGCCAGAAUGGUGUUCCGACCGAAGGAACAGAAACUGGAGGAGUUUAUAGAAAUCGAGGAGCAGCAACAGGGACGACAUUUCCUCUGUGUUUCAACCAAAGAUAAACAAGCCCAGAUCUCAGUGGUGAUGUGUCAGAGAGUUAAGCGUUCAAAGACAAAGAAGCUGCAGCACUAUGGGUUGGAGGACAGUUACGAGCGAACAGAGAUCUGGGACCUGGAAGACCUACUGGUUCUGGAUGGGAGAGAUCCUGAUUCAGAUGAUCCAUGUUUCCUGAUGCAUUUUGACUCUGUGCGUUUCAUCAAAGCGAUCAGCUGCGCUGCCAAAUACUCUCUGGCCCGCUGUCUGGUUUCCUUGAGCAGGAAGUAUCGGUGUACAGAACUAAAGCUGCGGAACUUUGACUUGACGUACAUUCACCCCACUGUUAUGUACUCAGAUCGUGGUGACUGUAUGGUGCUCAUGCAGGUCUGUUUCUAUGCCUUUAAUCUGGUGUGUCUCUCUAUGUGCCCUGUGCCUCUGUGAAUGUGGGUUAAAGAUACUGUUUUAUGUUUAACAAUAUGAGAUCUCAAUUCCUCAUACACCAAUGGCCCGUUAGUAUUGCUUUUCCCAUGAAGAACAAGACUAUGGGGAGCGAAUAAUAUGCAAUAUGUUUACAUUUAUUCUCAUUUUCAAUAUGCAAGACAUGUUUAGAUAAUUGUCAUCAAGCAGUGA